AUGUCUAUUACUUGCCGUCCGGCAGCCGGAUCGAUUUUUCGCUCCUUGCGCCGUUGCCACAGAGCUUCCCUAAUCAACAGCCGAGAAACCCGGUCCUACCAUUCCUACGACAACCCAGAUCCGUCUACAACUUUCAACCCUAACGAGGAGAUACUCUUAUCUGCCGCUUAUAAGCAUGUUCCCGAUCAUGGGUUUUCCCACAAGGCUUUAGCCCUCGGUGCCAAGGAUACCGGAUACCUUGACAUCAGCACCAGCAUUCUGCCAGAUGGCCCAUUCAGCCUAAUCCGUUACCAUCUCGUAACAAGGCGCGAAAGUCUAGCCGCCAGGAGCAAGGAAAUAUUCGACAAGGAGUCAGAAAGUGGUGUUCUCGAGAGGGUACAGCGUCUUACGUGGGACCGGCUUCUGGGCAAUGAAGCUGUUAUAGACCGAUGGCAAGAGGCGUUGGCUGUCAUGGCGCAGCCAAGCUAUGCAUCCGCCUCGUUCAAGGAAUUGGCCAAACUAGCCGAUGAAAUAUGGUUUCUUGCUGGCGAUACCUCUGUCGAUCCCUCGUGGUACACCAAACGCGCGAGCUUAUCGAUGAUUUACGCAUCUAGCGAGCUGUUCAUGACCAAUGAUAAGUCAGCUGGCUUCACAGACACGAGAGACUUCCUUAGGCGAAGGCUGAUUGAAAUCAACGAGGUCAGCGGUAUACUUGGCUCCAUGGGACAGUGGGUUGGGUUCACGGCCAGCGCUGGUGUGAAUGUUCUGAGAAGCAAAGGUCUUCCAAUCUAG